AGUGUCAGAUUUUUCCAAACAGCCAGUUGUGUAAAAGAAUGUACCCUCCCUACUCUGAUACACAACAUGUAAACAUACAGGAGGCAGCUGUCUGUAAACAUGCAGGGGUACUUCCCUUUCUCUUGUAAUUGUGGAAAAAAAAAAAGGGAAGUCCCAUUCACCGUCAUGUUUCUGCUGCAGGGUCAAUGCAAUGCAUGACACAGGUGAUGCAAACACUCUGAGAUAAAAAGAGCUCAAACAGAAAUUUCUGCAGACUGGAGCUCAGAUUUGAUUCUGAAGAGACUGGAUCAUUAUUUCCUCUGAGUGGAUCUCUGUGGGACAAUGAGGCUGCUUGUGGCCUCCUUCUUCUUUUUCCUACAGGUAAUAGGAUGUUUCCCAUCAUGCAUCAUCAUUGGUUCCAUUGCAAACUGUGCCUUCAAAAACCUCCGCUGGGUUCCCCCCCUCCCUCCUAACAUCACCCACCUGUACCUAGAGAUGAACCACAUCAAUGAGAUCAACGCCACCUCCCUGUCCGGCCUGGACAAACUGCAGGAGCUGGACCUCGGUGGACAGUCCUUGUCUCUCGUGAUCAGAAAUAAUUCCUUCAUCAGACAAAAGCGUCUGAGGAAGCUGGUGCUUGGCUUCAACCUUGGCCUUCAGCUGGAGCCUCUUGCUUUUGCUGGACUGUCUGGUUUGCAGAGCCUCCAACUGGAUUACUGUUCACUGCAAGAGUCCAUACUGGAGGAGAACUUUCUGGAGCCACUGCGCGCUUUGGAGAGUCUUGACCUCUUUGGAAACCAGUUACAGAGACUGAAGCCUUCAAAGUUCUUCACAAACAUGACCAGUUUGAAAGUUUUUAAUCUUCAGCUGAACAAAAUCAACAAAAUCUGUGAGCCAGAUCUGGCUGCUUUUCAAGGGAAGGACUUCAGUUAUCUGAACUUGAACUCUGUUCACCUAAAGGACAUGUCCGGUGACGGUUUUGACUGGAAGAAAUGUGGAAAUCCUUUCAGAGGAAUGUCCUUCAAGACCCUUGACUUAUCCUACAACGGGUUCAGCAUUUUUGAAUCAAAGCAGUUUUUCAGAGCUAUCGAGGGGACUAAGAUCUCCCAUCUCAAGCUGUCAGGACCAAUGGGUAGGGGAUUUUCUUUCAACAAUCUCCCUGAUCCAGACAGAACUACAUUUGAAGGCCUGAAGAACAGCUCCAUCCACAAAUUGGAUCUGUCCAAAAACAGGAUAUUUGCACUGCACCAGGAGGUUUUCAGUCCACUGAAAGAGGUCACAAUCAUUGACAUUUCCCACAACAGAGUGAAUCAGAUCCACAGGAACGCCUUCAUGGGUCUUCAGGGACAUUUAGUAAUGCUCAACCUCUCACACAACCUGCUCGGGGAAAUCUAUUCUCACACUUUUGCUUCUCUAAGAAACCUAAGAGUGUUGGAUUUGUCCUACAAUCACAUUGGUGCUCUUGGACAUGGCUCAUUUAGCGGACUCCCAAACUUGAAGGCUUUAUUUCUAACAGGAAACUCUUUGAGAGAUCUUGGCUUUCCUGCAUCUCUUCCACGUUUAGAUUAUCUCCUGUUGAAUGAUAAUAAGCUCUCACCGUCUUCUGUUAGCAGUCUACCACGCUUUGCCAGUAAUAGCAUGCAUGUGAACAUUGAAGACAACAGACUGACAAACCUGGGGGAUGUUUUUACUCUUUUGACCCAGCUGAAAGACCUCAAGAAUCUUUUCUAUGGAGGAAACAAAAUCAAGUUUUGCACACUUGGCAGACAGGUUUCUUCAACUUGGGUGAAUAAUUUGAAAGUCUUGGAUCUUCAUAGCAGCUCCCUGCGGACCAUCUGGUCUCAGGGGAGAUGUUUGAAUCUGUUUGACAACCUUGGACAUAUGCUUGGUCUCAAUUUGAGCUUCAAUGCCUUGGACUCUCUUCCCCCAGGAGUUUUCAAGGGUCUUACCUCAAUCUGGGAGCUGGAUCUCUCAUCCAACGCACUGACUUACCUUCAGCCUGAUGUGUUACCCAAAAGUCUUAAACUUCUCCACCUUUCAAACAACUUCAUAGCCUCCCCAGACCCAGAUGCUUUCCACUCCCUCAGCUUCCUCAACCUACAAUCGAACCGGUUUCACUGUGAUCAAAACCUGGAGAGCUUCCUGACCUGGCUUAGAACUACAAAUAUAACCUUCAUGAGUCAAGUAGAGGAGUUCAGGUGUGAGUUUCCUUCUGGUCUUAAUAAAGUUCCUCUCUUAGAUUAUGCUGUUCAGGUAAACAAAGAUUAAAAAUCAGGAUUAGGGGGCACUGGUGUAACUCAGUAUGUAAAGCACACUACAAAACCUACAAUCUUAUUCAUUUCUGUGAUUUAGUCAAAAUAUUUCAUUCCCAUAAUAUAAGACAAUUUUUUGUAAUGAGUAAAAA